CUAGAUCAAAACAACCUCAAUCUAUCGGCCGACGAGAAACGCUAUUAUGGCCAGCUGUUCCAGCAAGCUGAUACCGAACGAUUGGGAGUCGUGACGGGCGAGAUUGCUGUGCGCUUCUUCGAGAAGACAAAGGUUGCUCCCAAUGUCCUGGGCGAAAUUGCCGACCACGAGAACCGUGGUCUUCUCACCAAGCCUGGCUUCAGCGUAGCUCUUCGUCUCAUCGGCCACUACCAGGCCGGCCGCGAGCCCACUGCUGAAUUGGCCUUCCGACCCCCCCCUCCAGCCGCUCCUAUCCAAGCACAAGGUACCGGUAUCAGGAUACCUCCGCUCAACCCCGAGAAGUUGACACAAUAUGCCAAUCUGUACGAUCAGUCGGCUGGCGGUGGUUACCUGUCAGGCGAACAAGCAAAGGCCAUCUUUGAAAGAGCAGGUCUCCCCAAUGAGACACUGGGACGCAUCUGGCAAUUAGCCGACCGCGAAGGAAAGGGUUCGCUCGACAAGACCGAGUUCUGCAUCGCCAUGCAUUUAAUCACCUGCUACAAGAGUCGCGCAUUGGCUGGUUUCCCGAAUGUCCUACCUCCAGCUCUCUUUGAAGCCGCCGCUCGUCGUCCCAAUCCUACUGGCCGUUCGUCGGUACCUCCUGCAGGUCCAUCUGCCAUUCCACGUCAGUUUACUGGUCCUCAGGCUCGCGCUCAGAGCCCUCUUACAAGAGCGGCGUUUGGACCCCCACCUGCUAUGGCCGCGCAAACUACAGGUCCCACAUGGUUGAUCGCUCCUCCUGAGAAGGCCAAGUACGACCAGUUCUUUUCGAGUAUUGACACAUCCAACAAUGGCUAUCUCAGCGGAGAACAGGCUGUCAAGUUNUUCAGCGACUCUGGUUUGCCUGAGGAUACCCUUGCCUCUAUUUGGGACCUUGCCGACAUCAACUCCGAGGGACAGUUGAACCGUGACGAAUUUGCAGUCGCCAUGUAUCUCAUUCGUCAACAACGCAGCGGUGCUCCUCUGCCUGCAUUCCUCCCUCCAGCGCUUGUUCCUCCCAGCAUGCGUAACCAGCCCCGUCCAGCUCCUCAGACAACUGCUCCGGCCUUCGACAACGCGAACAACUCAUCUCAACUUCCCAAGUCGGCCACUGAGGAUCUGUUUGGAUUGGACGAGCCCAUGCCUCAAAUGCCUUCUCAACAGCCUAUGGCUCCUGUUUCGGCGCAAAACACUGGCAGCGCAUUUGGUGCCGAUCCAUUUGCAGGUGGCAGCAAGNNCCUUCUUCCCCCUCCACCAAACUCUCCUCCAAGAAACUUCACUCCUCAGCAAACUGGUGGCCCUUCAUCUGUAUUCAAACCUUUCAUUCCAACUUCGGCAUUCGGCGCUACUUUGGCAGCACAGAACACUGGAGGCAGCAAUGCUCCUAGCAGCGCUCCAAACCAGACUGCUAGAAGCGUUCAGCCUCCUUCAGCCAUGGAUGAUCUUCUUGGUGAUGCUAACGACGAAGAGACCAAGAACAUUACAGAGGACACAACUGAGCUUGCGAACAUGUCCAACCAGCUCGGCAAUCUCAGAACUCAGAUGCAGGAUGUUCAGACCAAGAAGACCACAAACGAGCGUGAUCUUGCAGCUUCGACUGCGCAGAAGCGCGAGCUUGAGCAGCGUCUGGCUCAGUUCCGUACUCAGUAUGAACAGGAAGUGCGAACUGUCAAGUCAUUGGAAGAACAACUCACCAACUCGCGAAACGAGACUAAGAAACUCCAACAGGAGUUUGCUAUGAUCGAGGGUACUUACCAAGAUCUGCAGAACCAACAUCAACAAGUUUCUCAGGCUCUUUCAGCAGACCAGCAGGAGAAUGCCACUCUCAAACAGCGCAUCUCGCAGAUGAAUGCCGAGAUUGCCCAGCUUAAGCCCCAGCUUGACAAGAUGAGAUCUGAUGCUCGCCAGCAGAAGGGUAUGGUUGCAAUCAACAAGAAACAGCUUGCAACCAAUGAGGGCGAGCAUGAAAAGAUCCAGACUGAAAUGGGCGAUUUGAAGAAGGCCGCCGAGGAGCAUGAGCAGCAGAUGCGUGAGCAAGCAGCGCAGGAGGAGCGUGCCAGACAAGCAGCACAAGAAGAGCGCUCUAGAGCUGUUGUCUCACCUCAGCCUCCUUCUACUGUUGUUAGCCCUGCACCGUCAAACACUAACCCAUUCUUCAGAAAGGCCACCGCUCCUAGAGAAGAGGGUACUCUUUCACCUGGAGGUUUCUUAUCGGGUGCUCCUAGCCCUAGUGCUUUUGAUGCGCUGUUCGGUCCUUCUGCUGCUCAGCAACAGGCUGGAACACACACGCCGCCCGUCACAUCUUUUAAGUCUGAACCCUCUGGUAACUCGGUUUCAUCUGACGGUCGCAUGACUCCUGCAUCCCCGACAUUGUCUGCUACCACUCAUGAUGANGCCCCUCCGCCUCCCCCGGAAUCCAGACAAUUCACGCCAAACAUUCUGCCCAUGCGUCAGCCUUUGACUAGAGACCAGUCUGUUGCUUCAUCAAACCGCGCAGCCCCACCUGGUAGUAGAAUGGGUGAGCAAGACGCUGCUAGUGUCGCCUCCCCUUGGGAUGCUGCACCUACCAACUCUUUCAACGCGAACCCAUGGGGCGGUGAGGAUGUCGCUACCCCUCCUGCUCAGACAUCUGGACCUGCCAUCCAGUCUCAAAGCCACGACGGACCUCAUGAAAAUGCAUCCAGAGACUUGCCUGAGCAAUUAGAGGAAGAGAUUCCUGGCGCCUUCCCUGAGACACCUAUGGAGACUCAAACCACCGGGCAGUCCGCACACGCCCCUGCACACGACUUUGACUCUGCAUUUGCUGGAUUUGGAGAAGACCAACAGCAGAAUGGCGAUCACACCGCUGCGCAUGAUCCUUUCGCACCUGCACCGGUAUCUAGAGAAGUCAACCAUGCACCUUCGAGCUACGGAAACUCCGAGUUCCCUCCUAUCCAAAGUCUGGAGCGCGAGGACUCGAGCAGCGAUGAUGACAGCGAAAGCGAGCGAGGCUUUGGCGAUGAUUUCGGAUCAUCUGAGCCUCAAGCAAGCACUACUACAGCUGAGGUGCCUUCUGCUGAGCACCACGAAGUUGCCCCAGCUGAUUCACGUCGUCCAAGUGCUGUUGGAGCACAAUCGGCAGCUAACGUGUCCGAGCUUCCACCUAUUACAGCUCAAACAUCGCCACCUUCAUAUGAGGCAGCUCAGGAAGGGCAACACCGCAGUGGCUCGAACAACUUCCCUCCCGAGUUCACCGGCUUGUUGCCUGCCCGCGAGGAUCCAACACAGUCUUCUGUGCCGCAUUCGAUUCCUCAAGAGCAGCAGCCUCAGACUCCAAUGACUAGCACGGCUGGAUCCGAUCACUUCCACGAUGCUCACUCUCGGCCCAUGAGCAAUGUUACCGAUAUGGGCGCUACUCCUUUUGCCAAUGUGGGCGACAUUACUCAACAUGCUGCUCCCAGUGCUCCUCAAGAGACCACCAAGGAUGCAUUCGACGACGAUUUUGAUAACUUUGAUGAUCUUGCUGAGGCCAAGGAAGCUAGUGGUGAAGGAUUCGACUUUGGCUUCCCUCACCACCAGAACACCGAUGAGUUUGAUGCAAACUUCGACUCGCCAGCACAGUCAACCAUCCACACCGUGUCAUCCCCUCAAGAGACACCAGUGACAAGGACUGCACCAAACGGUUUCUCUGAUUUCGAGUCGAACACUGGUGCAGCGCAUCAGCCGACCCCAAUCAGCAUUCCCUUCGGAUCGACACAUGCACCUCAAGCACAGCAGCCUCAUGACUGGGAUGCCAUCUUCUCGGGUCUUGACACGCCAGCACCUCAAGUAGAGCCAACUCCUAACUUUACUUCCACUAGCAGACCAAGUGACGGUGCGGCAACGCCUAAGGCGUCAGCUGCACAGACAGCAAUGCCUCCAUUGGGUCGCGCAAUCAGCACAGGAACGGAGCACGACGACCCAAUCCUGAAAAGACUCACAGGUAUGGGUUACCAACGCGAGAAGGCUCUCGAUGCGCUGGAAAAGUAUGACUAUGAUAUCGAUAGG